AUGGUGAACGACAAAAAGGUCCCCGAGGUCCUCCUUGACUUCGCCGACGGCGGUGUGUACAUCAAGCACAAGAUGGAGGACGCCGUUGUCGAGCUCGAGCGCCGCCGCAUCACCCGCGACGAGGCACGCAAGGCCGCCAAGGCGAUGGAUGCGCUCGACGUCAAGAAGCCUGUGGUGAAUGCCGAGCAUGUCCAACUGCUCGUCAAGGAGCUUGGGAUUGAGAAGGACGAGGCGGAGAAGGCGCUUGCAGCUGAACAGGGCGACCUCGUCAAGACGAUUAGUAGCAUCACAGAGGUAGAAGGUGUAGACGUGGCCGUGCGCGGUUACUAG